AUGUUCAAAGUGAGAGAGUUCAAUGAUAAGUAUACAUGUCCGUUGAAGGAUAAGGUGUACGAGCAACGUCAAACAAGUAGUAGUCUUAUCGGUGAUAUGAUUAGGUCCAAGCUUACUAAUCAUAAGAGGAAAUACACCCCAAAGGAUAUAAUUGAUGAUGUGAAAUUCGAUUUUUGUGUAGAUGUUAGUUACAUAUUGGCGUGGCGGGCUAAAGAAAAAGCAAUGAGUUUUUUGAGAAGUGAACCAGCUAAUUCAUACAAUAUAUUACCAGGAAAGGGGUUCGAUCAUUGUAGACCCAUUGUGGUUGUGGAUGAUAGCCACCUAAAAUCGGCAUACACCGGGACAUUCGUCUCAGCCAGCACGUUGGAUGGUGCAGGUCAUAUACUGCCACUAGCAUAUGGUGUUAUUGAUUCAGAGAACGAUACUGCUUUGUCGUGGUCCUUUGAGCAAUUUAAGGAAGCAUAUGGUGAGAGGGAAAAUAUGUGCAUCGUUUCAGAUAGGAAUGAGAGCAUCAUCAAAUCUGUAUCGAGAGAGUAUCCAACUGCUGAAUUUGAUAGUGUAAUGGAGAAUGUACAUAUUAGGGUGAAAGAAUACUUGGAAUUAGCUGGAUACGAAAAGUGGGCUAGGUUGUAUGCACCUGUUAACUUGGGAUGGACCAUGACGUCAAAUAUUACUGAGUCAAUCAAUACCGAACUUGUGUCAGCAAGAGAAUUGUCAAUAUACGACUUCCUCGAAGAAGUUAGGAAGAUGUUCGGACGUUGGAAUUGCAGAAAUCGGAAAGAAGAUUCACGCACGUACACAACACUGGGAAAACAAUACCAGGAAAUGCUUUCUAUGAAUGAGGCAAUGUCUACACGUAUGACUCAAUUGUGCAUGUUUUCUGUUUCAUGA